AUGGAUGAAAGAAUCCGCAGAAAAAGUUCCCGGGAAGCAGCCUUUACUUACGCCAUAAGCAGUGCCGGAGUGGCGUACGCGGUGACGGCGGCGUGUGCCCGUGGAAAUAUAUCCGCUUGUGGUUGCGAUCCGGGCCCCAAGCCGAGAGAACCGGCGCCAUCUGGUUGGAAAUGGGGAGGCUGCAGUGUCGACAUCAACUACGGCGUAAGGUUCGCGAGAAAAUUUAUGGAUGCGAGGGAGCUCGAAGGAGACGAGAGGAGUCUUAUGAAUUUGCAUAAUAACAAAGCAGGGAGAAAGGCUGUAAAAAUGAAUCUCAUAGUAGAGUGCAAGUGUCACGGAGUGUCCGGAAGCUGCACUAUGAAGACUUGCUGGAAGACACUUCCAACAUUCAGGCAAGUCGGUGAUAUUUUAAUGAAAAAGUACUAUAGAGCCAGACCAGUAGCUGCUAGUGCAUCACAGCAUGGACCAAGAGGUAUUGACGGCCCUAGGAAGCAGAAAAAAUUACAUCUUGUUUUAACCAAGGGAAAAUUGCCUGUUAAAAAAAUGCCAAAGAAAUCAGAAUUAGUUUUCCUACAAAUGUCUCCAAAUUACUGUGAAAGGGAUUUAGCAGCUGGUUCCUUAGGCACAGUUGGAAGGACAUGCAACAGAACCUCGAGAGGAACAGACGGUUGUGACUUAAUGUGCUGCGGAAGAGGAUACAAUACUCAUCAGUAUACAAAAACUUUUCAAUGUAGAUGUAAAUUUUUAUGGUGUUGUCGAGUAGAUUGCGAUACUUGUAGUGAAAGAACUGAAGAAUAUACUUGUAAAUAA